UCCCCAUAAUACAUUAGAGUCAAGGAACACGGCGGUUCUCCAAGUCUCGUAAAUCCACGCGAGAUUACGUCGGUCUCUUUUUCGUGUGGCAGCCAAAAUGCCCAAAACCAAGAAAGCACCACGGGGAAAGAAGGUGGCUCCGGCCCCUUACGCCGCCCGCCAGGCAGCCCCCAAGAAGGUUGUCAACCCCCUCUUCGAGAAACGCCCCAAGAACUUUGGCAUUGGCCAAGACGUUCAGCCCAAGCGUGACUUGUCCCGCUUCGUUAAGUGGCCCAAGUACGUCCGCCUCCAGCGUCAGCGUGCCAUCCUCUACAAGCGUCUCAAGGUGCCGCCAACCAUCAACCAGUUCACCCAGACCCUGGACCGCCAGACAGCUACCCAGCUGUUCCGCCUGAUGAACAAGUACCGGCCCGAGACCAAGCAAGAGAAGAAGCAACGCCUGCGUGCCCGGGCCGAGCAGCGGGCCAAGGGCAAGGAGGAUGUCCCCACCCGCCGGCCAAACAUCGUCAGGUCAGGGGUCAACACAGUGACCUCACUGGUGGAGUCCAAGAAGGCACAGCUGGUCAUGAUCGCACACGACGUCGAUCCCAUUGAGAUUGUCUUGUUCCUCCCUGCACUGUGCCGCAAGAUGGAGGUGCCGUACUGCAUCGUCAAGGGGAAGGCUCGUCUGGGCGCUGUCGUCCACCGCAAGACGGCAACGUGCUUGGCCUUCAGUCAGGUCAACAGUGAGGACAAGGGCUCCCUUGCAAAGAUUGUGGAGGCCGUGAAGACCAACUACAAUGAUAGAUACGAGGAGAUCCGUCGUCACUGGGGCGGUGGCCAGCUGGGCAGCAAGAGUCAGGACAGAAUCCGCAAGCUGGAGAAGAUCAAGGCCAAGGAAAUCGCCAGCCGUUCAUAAACUCAACACCCAACCUCUUUAAACUGAACCAAUGUUUUUUUCACGCUCUCGGAAUCGUUGACUCCCUUAUUUUCGAGGAAAUAUUUAGUCACCUGACCAUGUUCAGGUCUCAAACACAAAAAUAAGCAUCAAAACGUGAGACAAAUUCUGAGUGCUUGGGGUCCUCUGCAUUACUUGUAAAGAAAAAAGUAUUUGAGAGACAAAAUAAACACAUAAACUUGUGAGAAGAAACAAA